AUGCAGGGGUCUAUCUCAAGAUUUUUUCUCUUGGUCUUUGGACUUCUGUCCGUAGCACGGGCAAUUGAUCCAUUUACCUAUGAUAAUGAUACUUUCAUUCUUCAUGGCGAGCCCUUACUCCUCCGUGGCGGGCAAAUGGACCCGCAACACAUCCCCUGGCGACUAUGGCCUGAUCGCCUGGAAAAGGCAAAGGGCAUGGGCCUGAACACCAUUUUCUCUUAUAUUUUCUGGGAUCAGCUGGAGCCUACUCAAGGCGAGUGGGAUACCACUGGCAACAACAACAUCGCAGACUACUUCCGCCUUGCGCAUGAAAAGGGAUUGAACGUCGUUCUACGGCCGGGUCCAUACGUUUGCGCCGAGCACGAAUGGGGCGGUUUCCCAGCCUGGCUCAGCGAGGUUCCCGGCAUGGUUGUCCGCGAGAACAAUCAGCCCUUCCUGGAUGCUACGAAGUCUUACAUCAACCGCCUUGGAGAGGAGCUGAAGGAUCUCCAGGUCACCAAUGGAGGACCCAUCGUGAUGGUCCAGAUUGAGAACGAGUAUGGAUCCUACGGAAGCGAUAAAGUGUACUUGAACGCUUUGAAGGAUAUCUUCACAGCUGCUUUCGAUGUACCUUUCUACACCACUGAUGGCGGCUCCGAGAGUAUGCUCAAAGGCGGCCAGAUCUCGGGCGUCCUAGCUGAGACGGACGGCGAUAUUUACUCGGGAUUCGCUGCUCGUGACAAAUAUGUCACCGAUCCUACUAGUCUCGGUCCCCAAAUUGACGGCGAGUACUAUGUCACAUGGCUUGACCUGUGGGGAAGCAAUCGCGGUCACUCAUCCGUCAGUGGAAACGAGGCAUCGAUCGCAACAAUCCAGAAGGACAUUGACUGGCUGUUGCACAACAACGGCUCAUUCAAUAUCUUCAUGUUCCACGGUGGCACCAACUGGGGAUUCCAGAAUGGAGCUGAUUAUGCUGAUGCCCUGCAGCCAAUCACCACCAGCUACGACUACGGUGCGCCUCUCGACGAAACAGGCCGGAGGACCGACACCUACCUUGCGAUCCGAGAGACCAUUGGCUCCAUUGUCGGGGAGGACACCCUCCCCGCUCUUCCAGUGGAGGAGCCAUUGAUUGAAAUCCCAUCCAUUAAGCUUGCCCCAUCUGUUUCUAUCUUUGAUGCUCUCCCCGAACCUAUCGAGAAGGACUCCCCAGUCAACAUGGAAGCAGUUGGCCAGGCACUUGGAUUCAUUCUCUACCGCCACGUUGCCACAACUGCCGUUAAGGGCGCGAUCAAACCCGGCGAUAAACCCCGUGAUCGAGUCCUCGUCUACGUCAACAAGGUCCGAGUCGGUGUGAUCGAUAACACAUAUAGUACACCUAACACGGUCAACCUGGAUCUGAAGGAAGGCGAUGUCCUCGACCUCCUGAUUGAGAACCUUGGACGUGUCAACUACGGUUACGAGAUCCCCGACCAGCGCAAGGGAAUUGUGGGUGACGUCACCGUUGGUGACAGUGUACUUUCCAAGUGGGCGAUCUACCCCUUGCCUUUGGCCACGCCGCCGGACGCUGUCGAUGGCAUCACGCCCGAGCCCUCGGCUACUUCAGGACCUAUCUUCUUCACCGGCUCGUUCGAUGUGGAUGCAGUUGGUGAUACAUUCCUCGAGCUGCCCGACUGGACUAAGGGUGUUGUUUGGGUCAAUGGAGUCAAUUUGGGCCGUUAUUGGACUGUGGGCCCGCAGCAGUCGCUGUACCUUCCUUGGUGCUAUCUUCAGAAGACUGGUAACAAGAUAACUGUUCUUGCUCUCGAGCCUACAGGGUCUGACAGCACUGUUCGUGGAGUCACUACCCGUACCUGGGGAAAUAACCCUGAUCCGGAUGCUCCGUGA